AACCUGACCAACCCAGCGCUCAAGGAAGGCUUGCUGAGUCGGACGCCUAUGGGCCGGCUGGCUGAGCCUGAGGACAUCGCAGGCGUUGUUGGGUUCAUUGUCAGUCCCGCAGCUGCCUACGUCACGGGCCAGACAAUUGCUGUGGAUGGCGGCUACAGCGUGAUGGGUUUUUGGUAG